GCAGAGUCAACCCAAGCAAAGGCACCGCAAGACAUCCUUCCGAUUUCUCUCAGGACUACAUACGAGUGGAGAGUUUCAUUUUUUGAAUGGGGAACUUCCCCGGAGAAAGUUGAAGUAAGAAAUAAGCCACCUUCAGGCUUCACUUCGAAUUUAAUGCAAACAUCUCGCUUAGGAUUGGGAUAUGUGUAUGUAGAGGCAAUGAGCUUCAUAGAUUGGUAGACACAGCAGCAACGCCCUUGUCGCCGCGUUUCUCUAGAGUCUUUGCGAAGAUACGACAGGAGUAGUUGCGUGAGGCGGUGUUCGGGCGUUUGUUCGUGCGGGGGACAAGGCCUCAUUGAUCAUGAACCGGUUACGGCUUGAAUACACCACAGGGAAUAGUCGGAAGGAAGGAAGGAAUAUGAAGUUCGGUGUCUUUUUGCCGUCUUGGUGUGCUGCUUGGCCAGUGGAGAAGCCCAGUUUCAGGAAGAUUGUGCCGUGAACCAAUGUCCAGGAAACGAGCAGUGUUAUAAUAGAUACUACUCGACGGCGUCCAACUAUGCCUGUCAAUGUACCAAUGACAAUGUGGGAUACGACUGCUCUGUUGAUGUGUUUGCCACAUCUCAGCAGACCUGUUACGGAUCAGGAUGCAACGAUGGGACUUUCAUAUCUCCCAACUGGCCCUCCAAUUACAGGAGCACGGAUGCAAGAGUCUAUCUCAUAUUCGUCCCUCUUGCAAUUCGGCUGACGUUUACAUUCCACUCAAACUUCGCCGUAGAUUCAGGAGAUGAGUUAUACAUUGGCGCGGGGCUGACUUUCAAUGCCGAUUCGGACUUGAAUGCUGCGAGCGACUCAUUGAAGCAGGUAUACUUCUUCAGGGGGAACUCGGCCCCAAGUGCGUUGAUGCUAGACGGUACGGAUUCUGCUUGGUUGUUUUGGCGCACCGAUGAUGUUGGAACAGACACCGGUUUUCGAGUGACCUGGAGAGCCACGUUAGAUACGAGCCCGCCAACCGUGGAUUGUCCACGGGACCAAUCCUUAGAGGUUGAUACGGGCACCACAUCUAUACCUUUCUUCUACGAGGAGCCCACAGCCACGGAUGAAGGAGCAGUUAGAAUCCUCUCACAAUCACAUCGACCUGGAGAUGUAUUUGUUUCUGGUCGAGUUACCGCUGUCUUCUAUAGAUUUGAAGAUGCUGCAGGCAAUGUUGCCCCUGCUUGUCUGUUCUUCGUAAACGUAUUACAAAAGGACAUGACUCCACCUGUUGUCGUUUGCCCUGGUGACUUCACAGAGUACGUCUCGCCAGGUGUUACCUCUGCAGAAGUAUUAUAUGACGAACCAACUGCAACAGACAACGGAGGUCCUGCACUUGUUCUGACCCAAAGCCACGCCCCUGGUGAUACCUUUCCUUUCGGGUCAACCAGGGUCUCUUAUACCUUUGGAGACCGGGACGGGAACACCGCUCCGGAUUGUAUAUUUUAUGUAUUUGUUACAGAUUCUUUAGCGGACAUUAUCCCUCCGGAUGUGAAUUGUCCGAUGGACAUUAGCCGGCCAGUAUCCCAAGGGAUUUCCUUUCUACCCGUCUCCUUCCCGGACGCCACAGCAACAGAUAAUUCAGGCACGGCGUCUUUUGUCAGCGUGGACCCUCUAUCUGGUAGUUCAUUCGCUUUGGGUACAACCGAUGUUACCUUCAGCUUCAUCGAUCCCAGUGAUAAUAUAGGAACUUGCACGUUUACCAUCACUAUUUACGUAGUUGACACCACCUCUCCAGUUGUAACUUGUCCUCCAGACAUUGCCCGGUCUGUCCUUCCUGGAGUAACUUCUCUAGACGUUACCUUCCCGUCUGCAACAGCAACAGAUGACUCCGGCACUGCGUCUCUGGUCAGUGUUAACCCUCCAUCCGGUAGUUCAUUUCCUCUUGGACCAACUGAUGUUAGCUUCGUGUUUGAAGAUCCAAGUGGAAAUGAUGGAUCUUGUACGUUCAGAAUUACCAUAACCACACGCACAAUAACUGACACCACCCCUCCAGAAGUGACUUGUCCUCCAGACAUUACUCGGUCUGUCCUUCCUGGAGUAACUUCUCUGGCCGUUACCUUCCAAUCUGCAACAGCAACAGAUGACUCCGGCACGGCGUCUCUGGUCAGUGUUAACCCUCCAUCCGGUAGUUCAUUCCCUCUAGGACCAAGUGAUGUUAGCUUCGUGUUUGAAGAUCCAAGUGGAAAUGAUGGAUCUUGUACGUUCAGAAUUACCAUAACCACAAGCACAAUAACUGACACCAUCCCUCCAGUUGUGACUUGUCCUCCAGACAUUGCUCGGUCUGUCCUUCCUGGAGUAACUUCUCUGGCCGUUACCUUCCAAUCUGCUACAGCAACAGAUGACUCCGGCACGGUGUCUCUGGUCAGUGUUAACCCUCCAUCCGGUAGUUCAUUUCCUCUAGGACCAACUGAUGUUAGCUUCGUGUUUGAAGAUCCGAGUGGAAAUCAAGGGUCUUGUACGUUCAGAAUUACCAUAACCACAAGCACAAUCCUGGACACAACUCCACCGGUUGUGACUUGUCCUCUAAACUUCACUCGGUUGGUCCCCCGAGGAGUAUCUUCUCUGAGAGUCGUCUUCCCAGAUGCGACAGCAACUGAUGAUUCUGGCAGGACAACUCUAGUCAGUGUGGAUCCUCCGUCUGGUAGUUUAUUCCCACUCGGACCAACUGAAAUCACAUUUAGAUUUGCUGAUCGAAGUGGAAACGUUGGAAAUUGCACGUUAUGUGUCACAAUUGCUGCAUUAGGGCCGACUGGAUGCGGCAACACUUCUUGUGAAAACGGGGCGACGUGUGUGACUGUAGGAGAGGACUUUGUGUGUGAAUGUCUACCAGGCUUUGUAGGCGACCGGUGCGAAAUUGACAUCAACGAGUGUUCCAGUCUACCCUGUCUCAAUGGAGGUACUUGUAUCAACGAUGUUGAUCAAUUCUCGUGCCUCUGUCGUCAGGGCUACUCCGGUAUCAACUGUGGGAUCGUUGGAUUCUGUGAUCUUGAAGGUGAUUGGUAUAAUGAAUGCAAUGAUCGGCUCAGUCUGUCUCCUACGUCGACUGGUUUGAUCUUAGGGGAUUAUUACAGCAGCAUUGAACUCAUUACAGGAUAUAAUAACCCUUAUUUGGUCGUGGGCUACAUCAGCCGAAGAUGUGACUUCUCAUCAUUCGGGUUUAUAGUAACCCAGAACAACGGGAAGUCGACAGGCAGUUGGUCUGGUCAGUGUCAUCUAUGUGAUGGACAAGAAGUUCUUUAUACCACAUGGACCCAUAGAUUACGAGUAGAUACCUGUGCAGAUACUAGAAAAGCUACACGUGUCGGACAAGAUAAAUGGACCCGCUAUAAACAAGACCAAGCACCGCGUGAAGCAUGAACAAUCAACACCUCGGAUAUAUCAAUUUCUUAUUUUUCUUCGCAAUACCAUAAUCCUUUCAAGCUAAAGCACAAACGGGGUCAUUCUUACUUUUCUCAGAUAGAUAUGUAUUUUUCUUGGGUAAAACCAAUGAGUCUUUGAAUUCGAAAAAAAGAUUAGUGUCUAUAUGAUUCAUUACCAUGUUAAAAUGUUUAUAUGUUGUAAUGCUUAAGUAGAUGCAUGAUAUGUAACAGUUUUAGCGUGAUCUAACGAAAAUUGCUGCUGGAAAGCACCUUUGUCUAAGAUUUAUUAUGGUGUAUGAAAUUUAUGAUUGAAAUAUUUAUUAUUGCUAAUUAGAAAUGUGUAUAGGUUUAGUGAUAUCAUAUAUCAAACACUCAAAAUCUUAUAAUCAUUCGUCGGAUUUAUUUUAAACUUUCGCCAUUCUGUUUCUCUUAUUUUCUAUUUUUAUACAAAUGAUUUAUCACUAGGGUUGGAUUGCUCUUUAAUUUAAUGGGUAGUUACACAUCUAUUUGAUUAUUAUUGUUCAUGAGCUCAGGUGUUUGUAAUGGUACAUUAAUUUCAAAUGCUACAAUAUGUGCUUUAAUAUGAUGAAUAAGUGGAAAGGCUACACACCAUUUACUUCUACAUGAAUAUAGUAACUAAUUUCAGACGGUUUAACGUAUCUUUCUCUUCAAUUCAGCUUAUAUAGCCGCCUUUUAUUCAGAUUAGAAAUCGUAGUAAAAUUUGUAGCUGUUAACACAAGAUCAAAAGAAUGAAUAUACAGCAUAUUUAUUCUUUCUAUCUUUCCUUUCGUGUCUAUGAAAUACUGU